CCUGCGUACUGCUGCAGCUGUCCAUGGUUGCGUAGUGGGAGCCAGAGAGGGUCCGGGUACGUGCGAGAUGCAGCCAUAGUCACGCUACACUGUCUAAAAUUAUAUCCUCCUGGGAUCGUUCGUUUUGCAGCGCAUCAGAGCCGACUGAAAGCUUGUGGACGUGAGGCAUCAUGACUGAGCAACAGAGGCAGCGCUCUCUGUCCACCGCUGGUGAGUCUCUCUACCACGUGUUGGGAGUUGAGAAGGUGGCCACGACGGAUGACAUUAAGAGAUCUUACAGGAAACUGGCGUUGAAGUUCCACCCUGACAAGAAUCCUGACAAUCCAGAGGCAUCCGAUAAGUUCAAGGAGAUCAACAACGCCCAUGCGAUUCUGAAUGACCCCACAAAACGUAAUAUUUAUGACAAGUAUGGUUCUCUGGGACUAUAUGUAGCUGAGCAGUUUGGAGAGGAGAAUGUCAACACUUACUUUGUCCUUUCAAGCUGGUGGGCAAAGGCUCUGUUUGUAUUCUGCGGCCUGGCCACCGGCUGCUACUUCUGUUGCUGCCUGUGUUGCUGCUGUAACUGCUGCUGUGGAAAAUGUAAACCACGGCCUCGGGAAGGACAGGAACAGGAAUUUUACGUGUCCCCUGAGGACCUGGAGGCUCAGCUGCAAUCUGACGAGAGAGCAGAGGCUGGGGGUGACCCUAUAAUGCUGCAACCAUCAGCAACAGAGACAACCCAGUUAACAUCGGAUGGGCACUACUCCUACCACACUGACACCGGCUUUAACUAACCCUCCGUUCCCAUCAAUCCUGGCCUGCGGUCCUGCCUGCUUCCCUGCUCCACUUCAGUGAGAUGAAAGAAAGGGGCAAUCCAUCUUUCCAUUACCGAAAGACAACUAAUGCGGAGGAGAGGGACUAGUAAGCAUGGCCCAUGAAAGGAACUAAUAACAUCACACCCCUUACACCCCUCCCUGAUUGGUCCACAACUUAUUUCCCCCAGUACGAGAAGAAAAGAGAAACAACUAAAUUGUUUCCUUUUUAUUUCUUCUUUUGUAUUUCUUGGCCUUUAACCACACAUGUCGCCUGCCAUACUUUCCCUCUCCCAUAUUUUGCAUCAUGGUGUAGCAUGCACUGUUUAUAAAACAUGGUCUCCAAAUUUUAUUUUAUCUUUAGCUGCAUUUUUACUUUGCAAUACUCAUAAAGUGAGUGCAUAUGUAUGUGCAAUAUGUUCAAAUGAGGACAAUUCACAAGGAGGGGGAGGAGGAGAAGAUUGGGGUAAAGUUUACGUGAUAUUUUAUGCUAAAGGAAAGGAGAGCCAUGGCUCAGGGAGGUGCUGGUUAGAGAGGUGUGUUUAUUUGCAGAGGUGGUCAGUGCCAUCAUUAAAGAGCAGAUUUUACUUCUUGUUUGCAAUCAAUUCUAUUUUUGUUGAAAAUGCCACCUGCCGUCAUCAGACCUACAGAACAUCUUUGGCACUGUGUUUGUGUAUCUUUAGUGUGCUCCCCUGAGUGUUUUUAACAUGACUUGUUGUUGAGGUUGUUAAGGCACAAAGCUUUAUUUGCAGACUUUACUUCAUGAAUGCCUGCUGACGUGACAUUUCUACCUUAGUUAUUAAUUAGAAUUGGCUUUUCAUUCCUCUGCCUCAGCUUUAUUUCAGUCCAUUCUUCCUGUUUUUCCUCCAGCGCUGAACACAUCAUCGUGACAGUUAUUGUCAAGGUAACUUUUACGUUGGUUGAUAAUUUCUUGCAUUAUGCAUCUCUUGUGGCACGUUUCAGCCCUAGUGGAUUAGUUAUGAUGUUAUGAUUUUAUGUUGAUGUGUUGUUUUCAGCCAAACAUUGUUUUAAUUUUUUUUUUCAUGUCAGGAGUUACAUCAGAUUUAAUAAAAAAUGUUAAAAUUGAAUUCAUAGAUUAAAAAACUAUACUUUUAAAGGAAUAUUCAUAAUUGACAAUUGUAGUUUUUCAUUAGUGGAGGACAUUUUAUUUUAAUAUGGUAAAGCAUCGAGGUUACUGGUAUAAUAUGAUGAAUUUCUGCUGUCUGCUCUUUUUUAUUUGUUUGUUUGUUUAUACCAAUUGAGGCUGAAAGAUAUUAAUUUCGUCCAAUUAUUGCAGUUUUUUUGUUUACUUAUUGAUCUUGUGCUAUAUGAAGCCAAGGAGCUCCAGGUAAUGCAGCUGGCUCUGAUCAGAGCUGUUUAUAGGUGGAAAAAUCAGACCUCUAGCAGCAGCAGCAGCAGCCCUGGUUCAGAGGGUGACAUGUUUUUAACUCUGAGCUGUCUUGAAUAUGUUAAGUAGUUAAUGUGAUGUAGAAAAACAUGUUACACUCGUCAUAGCUGGGAAAUAAAACUGACAUCCACGUGAGAAUAUUUUAGAUAGGGAGGAAUAUGACUUCCAUUAUGUUUUUAGUCCUUGUGUUUUGAACUGAAGUCUGAUGACUCUGACAUCUUGUCCAAUGCUGUGAUCGUUUAUCAUUGUUGACUUUUUUGAAUCCAUGUAGAGUAAGAAGCUUAUAAGGCAUAUCUUCUGUGAACCAGUGCUACAGGCAGCUCCUAGUAAAAUUACUCUAGAUUUUUCAUACUACUGAAUUUGCAAACAUUGCCACACAUUUGCAAAUUGCCAUAAAUUGCCAUGAACAUCUUUACCACUGAUUAUGUGUUUCAAUGGUUUACAAUUGGUGAGCCCCUGUUGCCCACCCUCUGCUAUUAAUGGUAUGGAUGUUGACCUCUGUGGCCCUUGUAUGAUGUUUCCUGUAACCCUUGAUGAAGCAUAGGUGUUCCUGUCAUGGCUUUUUCAUUGAGAUACUGAAAAAUGCUACUGUAAAUUGUUCUAAGUUGAAUGCACUGUGUGUUUAAAAAAACUAUAAUGGAUCAAUGAUCAGGAAAUGACUCCAUAAAAAGACAACAUAGUAUAUAGUGUAACUAUAGUGAAAUGGUUAUAUGAUGCAUUUUUGGGAAUUUUAUUUAUUUCAUACUUUGUCAUGUUUCAAAUGAUGAUUGGCUAUAAUUUCAACUGGUAUGGUGUUGUAAUGUAACCAUUAAAUUUAGCAAGGAAUGGUUUAAUGGUUAAGGUCGCUUGUACAUACACUUGUCCCAUAUAAAGUAUAAACCUUAACGUUUAUGUUGUAGCAUGGUAAUUGUGUGUGUGGAGGAAAACAAGUGGAUCAUUGAUCUGAUUUGCUGUUGUUGAAUAAAUGUUCCUGAACAAUG